AUGGACUAGACUCACAAAUCAAUCAUCACAGAAAUCUUACCAAAUACUAAGAGAACUCUAGAGAGAAGAUAGAAAUAGUUAGAGGAAGAAUAGAAGAAGAGAAGAGAAGUAAUAUAUUAAAUCAUAUCAUUAAAUAGUAAGAGACACAAUAAAAAGAGUAAGCAGAAAAGUAGAAGAAAUUUUAAUAAUAUUUGAUUGAAUAAGAAAGAAUUAAGAAAUAAGAAGAAGAUAGAAAAAAGGAAGAAGAAAAAAGGAGCUAAGAAGAAAUAUAAUAAAUGAAUACAUUAAAGGGUGAAUAUGGUAAUAUGAUGAUCGAUUUGGCUACUGGGGAUUCUAAAUUGGAUUACACCAUUUCAGGAUUAGAUUUAAGACCAACUUAAAUUAGAGUUUUGGUAAAGGUUACAGAAAAUAAUAAUACAUUAAAAGGUUUAUCAAUGAGUAGGAAACGUAUAGGAGAUGAAGAAGGAUAAGAGAUAGCAGCAAGUUUAGAAAAAAAUAUGGUCUUAGAAAGGUUGAUAUUUCAAUCUAUAUUAGAUUAGAACUAGAAGGUAACAAUCUUGGAUCAAAAACAUUAGUUGCCAUUUCAAAAUUAUUAGAAAUCAAUAAAUCUAUUCGAGUUAUUGAUUUAGAAAACAAUAAUUUAACUAAUCAUGAUAAAGAUAGAAAUACAUAUGAUUAUAGUGGAAUAUAUGCUUUAUGUGAAGCUCUUGAAAAAAAUGAUACUCUUUUAUAAUUNUAUAAGAUAACCACAAUAUUUGUGAUUAUAGUAAUACUUUUAAAUUCAGAUAUAUUUAAACAUAAACUCAAAAAAUAGCCAUUUAGGUAAUGA